GGACGCUUUGCUUUCAUAAUGCUAUUUAACAGUAUAAAUAAGAGAGUGAGCUACAGGGUAGUCCCUGUGAAGACAGCAGGAUCCUUGGAAGCUGCUGAUUUUAAUACAAGAUGAACAUCCCAUUCUACAUAAGUUUGCUACUGGCUGGGCUUCAUGCUGUGGCCCACGGUGAGCUCCCACCCGACCACCACAACGGACAUGAUCCAAAUGAAGCUAAAUACCACAUGCAUCACAGAGGUGAGGCGAUCGCUUGCCUCAAACUAGUGCCAAACAAUGCUGACUUCGCCUUUCAAUUUUUUAAAGAGGUUACACUGGAGGCACCUAAUAAGAACAUUUUCUUCUCUCCUGUAAGCAUCUCCACUGCAUUUGCGAUGCUGGCCCUAGGGGCUAGAUCAGCCACUCAGACUCAGAUCCUGGAAGGACUCGCCUUCAACCUUACAGAGAUUCAGGAGAAAGAGAUACAUGAAGGCUUCCACAACCUCAUCCACAUGCUGACCCAUCCCGAGAAUGGGGUCCAGCUCAACAUGGGGAAUGCCAUCUUUCUCACAGAGAAGCUGAAACCUCUAAAAAAGUUUUUAGAUGAUGCCAAAGCUCUGUAUCAGAUGGAGGCUUUUACCACUGACUUUAACAAUCCCACGGAGGCUCAGAAGCAGAUCAAUGAUUAUAUAGAAAGGAAAACCCAUGGGAAAAUUACUCAUUUGGUCAAGGACAUGGAUCCACAGACUGUAAUGCUUCUGGCUAGCUUUGUUUUCUUUAAAGGCAACUGGGAAAAGCCUUUUAAACCAGAGCACACCGAAGAAAGGGAGUUCUUUGUGGAUGCUGAAACUACUGUGAAAGUCCCUAUGAUGCACCAGACGGGCAGAUUCGACUUCUAUUUUGACAAGGAGCUGUCAUGCACCGUGGUACGGCUUCAUUAUAAUGGGAGUGCUACUGCAUUUCUGGUUCUGCCAGCAAAAGGGAAAAUGAAGCAGUUAGAGCAAACUCUGGUCAAGGAAGUCAUUCAGGAAUGGUCAGACCAUCUCUUCCAGAGACUGUUGAGGCUCUACUUUCCCAAAUUUUCUAUUUCUGGGAGCUACGAAAUAAGGAACACCCUUAGUAAGAUGGGAAUUGUGGAUGUGUUCACUGACCAGGCAGAUCUCUCUGGCAUCACUGGAGCCCCAGAGCUGAAGGUUUCUAAAGUUUUUCAUAAGGCUGCUCUGGAUGUUGAUGAAAGGGGUACCGAGGCAGCAGCAGCAACUGCUGCUGAAAUAGUGACAUUUUCUCUUCCUCCAACCAUUGAGUUCAACCAUCCCUUCCUCAUGCUGAUUUUCGAUAGAGAUACAAACAGUACGCUCUUCAUAGGAAAAAUAGUUAACCCGACUAUCGCUAGCUGAAGUGACAUAUGAAUUCUGCUUGCUAUUACUGAUUAAAGAAGAUGUGAAACUGCAUGCCGUGAUUUAUUUCCAUUUGUACCAGCUUAGUAUAUGGUUCUUUUUUAGCAAGAGUUUUCAUUCUAUGCAAUUAUAAAAAAACUAUUGGUAUUGACCGUGACACUUGCUUAAGAGGAAGCAAGGAAAAUGUUUUAAAUUCAGCUAGCAAAGAAUGUCUUUUUUACUUGACUGAAAGCCAAGGGAAGACCUACGAUUUGGCAGCAUUCAGAGAGGCGCAUUUGUAAUUCAAUGGAAGACUCCUGCUUAAUAUGUAGUUGUCAACCAGAAGAGCAGAUAAAAUGAUUAACAGUCUUGCAAACAAAGCAGAAGUGGUCGUAACUUACCAUAAGUAAGUAAACAAGAGAUGGGAAGAGUUGGAUCAACAAUGCAGGGUCAAGGGAAACUGAAGCUUCUAAUGGAGAUAGCACUGGGAAUGUGAAAAGCUGUCUUCAACAGGGAAAGAAAUCUGCUUUCUUCAGCAGAAACCUUUUAUCAUUUUUAGUACUAAUCUAGUGGCAAAUCUUCCUGAGUUUCUUGCAGCUCAAAACAGAGCAGGAGGAUCAAAUCUGCUCUUGAACCUGAAGACUUUCAACCACAUAUUGCCAAUUCAACAGACUUAGAUAGCCCGCGUGAGUAGCUGACUUCUCACACGUGUAUCCACCAGUGGUCAGAAGGAGGAUGUAGCUGGAUGGGCAGGUGAGGUAUUUAGAUGGCAAUUACACAAGCAUACUGCUAGCUGAGAUUUGUGAAAAAUGUAUAAUGAGGGUCUAGAAAAUUGUAGAUAUUUCAAGUGCUGUCAUUUUACAGCCAAAAAAGUAAGGGGGGAGCACCCAAUAAGCAGAUCUGCUGACCCAGCGGGUGGUGGCAGGCACCCAGGUAGGACAUAGGGCAGCUUGAGGGCUGGCUGGUAACCACUUUCAACAUACUUGCCUUGGCAACAGGUACCAGAAAGAGCACAGUUGCCCCUUUCUUUCCCACAGUUGUGUUUUUUUGGAAGGAGAUGAAAUGGUCUCACGGCAUCAGGAAUCACAUUGGGAGCAGUCAAAUGGCUUGGGAAGCUAACACAGCCUCAGCAAGGUCUUCCGUGUCUUCUGUGAAACUAACAGCAAACAUGAUUUUAUCAGUCUGGCACAAAGCACGGUCUCCCCUUUCACAGUCCAAAGGAAAGCCCCCUUUCUGCUCUGUGUUCCUAGUA